UGCAGGCCCGGCCCGGCGGGUGAAAGAAAUAGAUAGAAAAGCACCGCAAGAGAGACAACAGGAGGGGAAAACGAACAGUGGAAGGACACAUAAUGAGAGAAGAAGGAGAAAACCAUUCCAGCUGUGUUUCUAAAACAAACAGAGCUGUGAGAACUUCUUCACAUUGAAGAAUUUUCGGCUGCACUCCAAGGGAACAAACAUUUACUCCUGACAUUUUUGGUCAGUAAUAGUGUUUUUUUUUAAUCAAGCUGUACCUCAGACAAACCUCUAGUUCAUGGGACAAAAUUAGCUCCAAGGUUAAGUGGACAAUAUCUGUGCUGUUGUUGUGUUUUUGUCUUCAAAAGCCUUCCUUAAUUGUGUCAUUAGAAGAGUUUCCAACAUGAAUUCUGAUCAGAACUCGACUCUGCUGGAUGCCUUGUUUUAUGCCCCUGUCUGUGAUGGCUUCACCAACAACACAGAAGGGGCCAUCUACCAUUUGGGCAACACUAUCCUCUUCCUGGGCUACAUGGGAGGCAGCGGGGCCUACGGUUGCCUCUUCAUCUUCGGCUUCCUGGCUCCAGCCUUCCUGUGCCUGACCCUGUGGGGCUGGCUCACUAUGUGCGGACUGGAUGUCUUCACCUGGAACCUGCUCCUGCUGCUGGUCUGCUUGGCUCAGAUCUGCCACCUUCUGUACCGGCUGCACCAGGAGGGCCUGCCCAGCGAGGAGCUCACCUCCCUCUACCAGGCCGUCUACCUGCCGCUGGGUGUUCCCAUUCAGGUGUUCAAACAGAUAACAGGCGCCUUUGAGAACAAGGUGGUGGAGCUAAAAGCGGGGGAGACGUACGCGGUGGAGGGCAAGACGCCCAUCAACCAGCUCUCAUUUCUGCUGUCUGGGAGGAUCAACGUAUCUUUGGAGGGCCAGUUCCUGCAUUACAUCCACCGCCACCAGUUCCUUGACUCUCCAGAGUGGGAGUCUCUCAGACCAAACGAAGAGGGAAAGUUUCAGGUGACUUUGACAGCGGAGGAAGACUCCCGCUACAUCUCAUGGCGUCGCCGCCGCCUCUAUCUGCUCAUGUCCAAGGACUGCUACAUUGCCCGCCUCUUCUCCAUCAUGCUGGGUUAUGACCUCGCUGAGAAGCUCUACAACCUCAACAACAAGCUCUACAUCAAGAGUGGUGUGCUGCUGGACAUCCGUCUGCCCAGCCUCUACCACGUUCUUGCCCCCUCAUCGCAGGGCAGCGAGGGCGGCAGUGGCAGUGAUGGUGGCAUCUCCAAAGACCAGGGUCCUCCAGGGGAGCAACUUGUGCCACACCAGCAGGGUCUGCCAGGUGAAGAUCCAGCACCAGCAUACCUGACGUCUGACCAGGGACAAAGGAAGCCCUCCAUGGAUGAACCCCAUAGCGAGCGCUAUCACCAGCCCUGGGCAUCAGACAUGGAGCUGCCCUCCGGUGAGGACUCCACCAGCCUGGUCCUGGAGGACUUUGCUGAUGUGGCAGGCUCCUUAAUGGAUUAUGGCAGUGAGAGGGAUUAUUUGAGGUAGAGGGGCAGGGUGCUGGAGCUAACACACUGGGUCACCUCUUAAGCUACAUGAGGUGAAAGUGACAGGAACAUACCACCUCGAUUCCUGAGGGGUAGAGCGCCACUGGCUCCCACUGAAACUCCUAAACUGUGAGAACAGUCUCUCCUGGAAACACUCUAAUAUUUACAGUACAGCAGUAUAACUGUGUCACAUGUCACUUGUUCUCUUGUUACUAUCUCCAUCUCACCGUCUGUCCUCACUCUCACCUCACUUCAGGGGAAUAUGCUCUCCUCUUCCUUCCUGCGGGCUAACUGGCAGUUUUAUCACCUUUGAGAUCGUGUGCCAAUCCAGUUGCCUCUCACCAUAUUCAGUUUUACAUUAAUGGCAUUACUGGCCUAAACAUUUGGGAUUUAAAGCAACUUAAAAAGGCUUUACAGUUUAAAUUAAACUGAAACUUUUCAAUUAAAUAUUAAUAUGAAGCUGUUAGUGUCUUUUUCUCUUCAGUUGAACCUCUGUUGAGCUGGUUGUUAAUCACUGAUAGAUUUGUUUAAACUACAUUGUAAAUAGCACUGAAGAGGGAAACAGGCUUCACCUUGUAAUGGAGCACAGUAAAUGUUAUUUUACAUCAUGGAAAAUUGAUGACAUGUAACAGAAACAAAUGGAUUUGGUGUUCAUCUCAGUCAUAUUCAUUGUUGGAGCUCUGACUGAUUUGUUCUUGAUUUUACUCGAUUUCAUGUCUUUUUUUUUUUUUUCUCGCCACAAUUCACUUGUUCUUGGAUUGGUUUUGUACAUAAGGGUGAACUAAUUAAAAAUAUCAUUGUAUAAACCAUCGGGGGAGUACUGUUGCAAAUCUUUUGAUAGAAUGCAUCAUGCUUAAAUCUCCAAACUUUUCUUACAAUUUCACCACGAUGUAUUGUUGUGCAUGUUGACUUUGAAUGCAUCAUACUUUGGUUCAGUGUCAGUGAAAUGUAUCUUGUCAUGAAAUGUUUUGUACCAGUGUUUUUUGGAGGAUGGCCUAUUACAACAUAUUUUUUGGUUGUUUGGAUGCUUGUGCACCAUUUGUUAUACUAAGGGA